UUUAAAUAUCUUUUCCUUAUUUUAUUUAUAAAGGUUAUUAAAAAACAAUAUAUAUAUGCUAUUGGACAUUACCAUAAAAAUAUGAGCAAUACAACUUGUUUUGAGCUCAAAAUACAGUGUCCUCCAAGUCAAUCGUGUUUACAAACAAUCAGUUUAUUUACAUCGCUGUUUACUAAAUCAUGCCGAGCGAUUCCGGCCGAUUUUCCGGCAACAAAUUUUGAUUGGUCGGCACAAGACAUUGUGUAUCACGUGAGCAAGUCAAAGGUGAAGAGGCCAGACAUUCAAAACAAAAAUGGCGUCAAUUGCAAAGAGAAAGCGUACACUAUCGAUUGAAGAAAAAUCGAAACGCAGAAAGGAUGCGAAAACAUCGUAUAAUCUUGGCCGUAUUACUAUUGGAAGUGAAGUUGUAAGGUGGAGAGACUUUCAAAGGCAGCACAAAUUUCGAUCGAACGAGGAAACCGCCCGUUUUCUUUUAGAUCAUAUUUCCAGCUGUGGGAAGAAAGUAGAACAGAAAGCUACAACAAGCACUCCAUUCAAAACAAGACCAUCUGUUUUUGAACCUCCAGUAUCUGGAAUAUCUUCCAUUUCCAGUGAAGCAGAGAGUGUAACAACCAUAACUGCCACAGAAGGCAAAAGCUCCUCAGAUUAUGAGACCACAAUGACAGCACCUGGAACUGACAUCAGUCAUGCCGGUGGUACAGAGGUGAUAGGAACUUGUACCACGGUUCCUUCAGUGCGGAAAAAGGGCCAUGGAAUAACAUCCAACCCAAAGUUUGCCUCAUUCACAGACCCUUUUAACCUGUCCAUCGAUGUCACAAAUAUUGAGGAUGAGGAUGAAGAUGAAAACGACUCGGACUAUGAACCUAGUUUCAGCUUUGAAGCUGUCUUACCAGAUGCUGUUAACCAAAACUAUGAGGAAGCAGCAUUUGAAGAAGAGGCAUUUGGAAAAGAUGGUUGUGAUGAUGAUGCUGAUGCAGAAGAAGAGUCUGCAGAUGAUGACCCUUGUCCUGGCAUUCAAAGGCUAAAGACUGAGGCAGACAGUGUGCACUUGAUAGGUUCCGCUGUCUGUUUUGCAUAUGUCUCGGCAAUCUUGUCUCUAGCCCGUAUUAAAGUGAUGUCCUGUUCAGUGACAGGAUGCACAGAUCCAACCAAUAUCUGUGUCACAGAUUAUUUCAUUGGAUCAGCGUUGUAUCUCAAAUGGGUAAGAUAAAAAUCAAUCAUGCAUUAAAGAAGGAUUACAGAUAUAAAAGGAAAAAAGUCAUUGCUAGCUACAUGUUGUAAAUUUAUUACAACCUUCAAAGCUAUAUGCAUCUGUACAGCAAAAAAAGUGAGUCCAUGUACCUAUUCAGAAAUCAGACUUGUUAUGCCCCCCCCCCCCCCCUUCAAAUAAGAAGAGAUGUAUUGUUUUGCACAUGUUUGUCCGUUAUUUGGUCUGUCCACCAAAUGGUUUCCGGAUGAUAACUCAAGAAUGCUUAGGCCUAGGAUCAUGAAAGUUCAUAGGAACAUUGAUCAUUGCUGGCAUAUGACCCCUAUUGAUUUUCAGGUCACUAGGUCAAAAGUCAAGGUCACAGUGACCCGAAAUAGUAAAAUGGUUUCCGGAUGAUAACACAAGAACGCUUAGGCCUAGGAUCAUGAAACUUGAUAGGUAGAUUGAUCAGGACUCGCAGAUGACCCCUAUUGAUUUUCAGGUCACUAGGUCAAAGGUCAAGGUCACGGUGACAAAAAACAUAUUCACACAAUGGCUCUCACUACAACGGAGAGCCCAUAUGGGGGGCAUGCAUGUUUUACAAACAGCCCUUGUUAAACUUUGCCAUAACUUUUGCAAUAUUGAUGAUAGCAACUUGAUAUUUGGCAUGCGUGUCUAUCUCAUGUAGCUGCAUAUUUCGAGUGGUGAAAGGUCAAGGUCAUCCUGCAAGGUCAAAGAUCAAUGUAGAAUAUAUGGGUGGGGGCAUUGUGUUUCACAAACACAGCUCUUGUUGAAAUAUAUAAUAUUCUCAAGUUUGAAAUUUCAUUCUUGUUGUUAAAAAUCUAUUUAUCUGAAAUCAUAAAAAAUAUUUAGACUUACUUGGAUUGCUUGUUCAGGGGAACUUGAUUAGGCAGGUAUCCAUCAAUGAUUUUUACAUGGUUAUGGCCAUUUUUUAACUUGGACUUUUCAUUGUGAACGUUUAAGCCAAGGUCCCUGUCUAGGCAACUUUAAAGUUCUUUGGUUCACAUUAUGUUAUCCACACAAGGGAACACAUUUGUCAAGGCUAGGUAACCCUACAAUUAAUGGUCGCUACUUUUUUUAUCUAACACUGGGAAAAGUGAAAGACGCUGGGAGUAGACGGCUGUUUUAAAGUUGGUGGCAACCUUAAUUAAUUGUUGCUGUAAGGAGUCCCUAUUAGUAAGAUUGAUUUGAUGAAAUGGUGUCAAAUGAUGAUGUACCUUCAGUGCAUUUUUGUGUUUGAGUUAAGGGGUUUCAAGACCAGAGGAUAAAUUAUUUUGUGAAUAAGGUUCAUUGCGAAAGGCAUAUGGUAUUGGAAGAAGCCAGGGCCAGUCAUAUCAAACAUCCUACAACAUUGGCACCAUGCGAUGCAAUUUUUAAAGUGCCAUAAAUAUGUAACCGUCACAUUUAUAAUUACUUUUGUUGCACAUUUUCAAAUUAGCUGUCAAAUAUCCUUUAUAUUUGAAACAAACAGAUCAAAAUAACUUAUAUUUUAAUAUUUCAAAAUUCAACCGUAAGUUAACCUUGUAGUACUGUCUUUGAUUAGACAGACCCCCAGAUUAGCAAUAGCUUGGGUGAGUUGUGAAUGAUAUUCAUUGGUGUAAUGAUUUAAUAUGUUAUUAAAUAUUUCUGCUUGUAAUUGACAUGAUAUACAGUAAUUAUUUUGUUCUAAAAACAACUCCUAUUUUAUCAUUUAUGUUAGCCUUCAUUGUUGUUGCUUGCUGACUGAAUACAGAAUUAAUUGCAAUGUAUAUUUUGCAACCAUUGUCUUUUGGUUUCUGUAGAAAUGUGUUUAUUUUUUUUUACAUAAUUUCAUUCAAAAUAUAAGUAAAAAAACCGAAGUUCAAACAUAGUUACAUAGACCAUGGAUAUCAAUUAACAUUUUGAACACAUGAGCCAAACUUUUUGUAAAGAUUACAAAAUAUUUUUUCUAAAAACAUUUGAGCGCAUCACAAAUUUUAGGGGCAAAGGCUACUCAGCUCGAGGUAAUAUUUAUAUCCUUGUAGACAUUAUAAAAAAAUAACAUACAUGUUACCUUUGUUGUAAUUUUGUCAAACAUGCUCUUAGCAUUGAAUCUUAGUAUGCAGCGUUCCAAACAAAACUAAAUAAAAAAAUUACUUUAAUAAGUCAGAAGCAAUUGCAAAGCAGUUUGAUACUUGAAUUUUCUGUCUUAAGUUACUGAAAUUGCAUGUUAUUUGUAAUGACUGUGCAUAUAUACUUAUGUAGUGGUUAACAUGUUGAUAUUCUUACUGCCAAUAAAAAUAAACAAACUUA